GGGGGGCACGCACGCAGGAGAGGAGAGACAGAUCCAGCCCGACCCCGUCCCGUCCCGUCCAUGGCGCGAUCCAUCCUCUUCCUCCUCGCCGCCCUUCUCUCCGCCUCCGCCGCCAUCGCCGCCGCCGCCGAUGUGCCCUUCCUCGUCGCGCACAAGAAAGUCUCGCUCUCCCGCCCCAAGCCUGGCGUCGAGCGCCUCGCCGUCUCCCUCGACCUCUACAACCAGGGAUCCGCAACUGCCUAUGAUGUGAGCAUUAAUGAUGAUACUUGGCCAAAGGAGGCAUUUGAACUUAUCUCUGGAGAGGUGUCAAAGACAUUGGAGAGGCUUGACCCUGGUGCCACUGCUUCACACGCAUUUGUCUUGGAGACCAAAGUACAGGGCAGGUUUCAAGGUUCACCUGCUGUUAUCAAAUACCGUGUUCCCACAAAGGCUGCACUUCAGGAGGCCUAUUCAACCCCCAUCCUUGCACUUGAUAUUCUUGCUGAGAGGCCUCCAGAAAAGAAGUUUGAAUGGGCUAAGAGGCUUGUGGCGAAGUAUGGGUCGCUGGUGUCCGUUGUUGGCUUGGUUGGAACGUUUAUCUACCUGGUUGCAAGCCCGUCAAAAUCCAGUGGUGCAAAAGCAAGCAAGAAGAGGCGCUGAUAUACUUGCCUACCAUAAGACAGUGUUUGUUCUUUUUUCUUAAAAAGAGGAAGAGAUGGUAGCAGGUCCAUUAGAUUGGUAGCGCGAGAGCUUUGAAGCUGCCGCAUCCGUGAACUGUAUGAAUUUUGGUUGUUUGUGUUUUGGAAGUUGAAAACCCAGACCAGAGAAGUGGAGUAGAUUUGAUAACAGAUGAAAUCUCAAUGCAUAAUUUUGAAGUUGCC